GGGUGGCGAGGGCGAGGGCGAAGAAGGGACUUUGGAAGAGUUAUGAAUUCAUGAAAUGAUGCUUGAAGUUCGUUGAGGAUGCUCAAAAUUCUAAGCUAGGCGCAUUCUUUCGAUGUAGUAAAAACUGCUUCUAAGUACAACUUUUUCACUUAUACUUACUCAAACUUCUGUCAACAUGAGAUCAACAUCCAGGUGAUCCUCUAAAUCAUGAAAGCAAUAGCGUAGACGCUGGCGCGUCGUCGAAAGCAACUACUCCGGUAUCGAUUCCAGAGCAAGCAGAAUUCAAGGGAGAGGAGACCGAGACGGCUACACCAACGGCUGCUGCCGAG